AUGGUUAAAUUCGUUAUUGCCGGACCGGCCGAUUGUCCGUACUUCGCAAAAAUUGAAGUCCUAGCUCAAACAAUGAAGUCCGUUUUGCCUGAUUUUGAUUACAGAGCCGUCCUUGUCAGCCCUAAAGAAUGGAAUACAUUCGUGGAUGAAAUAUGCAUCAGCAACAGAUGGAAUAAGGUGCGGAGAUCGCCUUUGAUUUGGCGAGAGCCCUUGGAAUUUGGAGGACCUAAAUUAUAUUUUGGCAGUUUUAACGAAUUUCAAGAGUACGCAUAUUUGUACUACGGCAUCGAGAAUACGAUGUCGAGUAAUGACAUGAAACAACUGGCUGAAUCAAAUUUUAACAGCCGUAUUAAAGAAACAGUCGUAAGCAUUUCAACUAAAAGCAAUCUAAUUGUGACAAUUAUUUUUGCUGGGUCUGAGCUGGCUUACUACUUCAUACCUCUGAUUGCUAACGGAACCAUCUUUCCAGACAACCACAUCAUCUACGUGCGUCUAUUCGACAAUACCGAAGUAGAAAGUUCAUAUUUGGACCACUUGGUGCACGAAAUUGAAGACAUGUCGAGUCCUUUCAUUCGACAAAUUACUAUUCAUAAGAAACAUUUGUCGGAAGCUGUGGACGGUGCACACGUAGUCGUCAUUUUUCCUUCCAUCUCCAAAAUGGAAGAUUUGAUCAGAGAGCCAGAACUUAAAAAGAUUGGGCACGUUAUUUUCAAUUGGGCUGUUGAUGAAGUUAAAGUGCUGGUAGUCUAUCAAUGUGUGAGAGAUACAGACAUGAAUCUUUGUAACUUACGAAUGUCUUUGACGUCUGUUCUCCCGCCCGAGAAUAUUCUUGCAGUUACAGGAACAUUAAUGAAUAGAGGGAAAAGAUUAUUAGCAGAACAAUUGAACAUCAAUUCAAAUCAGAUCUCCAAUCUUUUAUUUUGGGGCUUCUGCUCUAAGAGUGACGAAAGUUUUAUUGUAAUUUUUUGA